AUGCUGCUGUCCUUGGUCGUGCACACCUACUCUCUGCGGUACUGGUUUCCAGCCGCUGUCAUGUUGGGCACUGCCCCGGCUUACCUGCUGUCCUGGGGUGUCUGGCGUCUCCUGUCAACUGUCCUGCCAGCCAGGCUGUACCACAGAGUAGACGACCACAUCUACACAGUCUACCAGAGCAUGGUCCUCUUCUUCUUCGAGCAUUACACUGGUGUCGAGAUUGUCAUUUAUGGAGACAUACCAAAGAAAAAGGAGAAUGUCGUCUAUCUUUCCAACCAUCAAUCCACAGCGGAUUGGAUCAUUGCUGACAUGCUGGCUAUUCGUCAAAAUGCACUCGGACAUGUACGAUAUGUUUUAAAAGAUGGUCUGAAAUGGCUUCCACUGUAUGGCUGGUAUUUCUCGCAGCAUGGUGGUAUAUAUGUCAAGAGGAGCGCCAAGUUUAAUGAAAAGAUAAUGGGAAGGAAACUCUUGUCUCAGGCUGAGUUAGGAACACCUAUGUAUCUUGUUAUCUUCCCAGAGGGAACGCGAUAUAACCCUGACUUUAAGGGAGUGAUCAGUGACAGUCAGGCCUUUGCUGCUAAAGAAGGUCUUGCUGUACUGAAACACAUCCUGACGCCAAGAAUGAAAGCAUCAUAUGUAGCCAUACAGAGCAUGAAGGAUCAUCUGGACGCAGUUUACGACAUCACUGUAGCUUAUGAGGGCACAAUGACAGCAGAUGGCCAAAGACGCACAGCCCCCUCAAUGCCAGAGUUCCUGUGCAAGGAAUGCCCCAGAGUGCAUAUCUACUUUGAACGAGUGGACAUGAGGGAAAUUCCUCCAGAGCCAGGCUUCUUCCGCAGGUGGCUGCAUGAGAGAUUUGAGGUUAAGGAUAAGCUGAUGACCACUUUCUAUGAGUCUGAUGAGCCUGGCAAAAAGUGCAGGUUCCCAGGAGAAGGUCGAGUGUCACCACUUAGCCUGACAAAGACGCUGCCUUCACUCUUGGUUCUGAGUGGCCUCACUGUGCCGAUGCUGUUAACCGAACCAGGUAGAAAACUGUAUGUCAGAACCUGGAUCUGUGGGACUCUUCUUGGGUGGUUGUGGGUCCAUAUAAGUCCAUAAGAGAAAGGAAGCUACUGACCUUCUGCCAACUCAUAUCAGUGGAGAGAUGUUUGGUUUACUGGUUAGAUGCUUAAGUUUUCAACCCACUGUGUUCACACAUCCUAGGAUUUUUGCGCAAAAAAGUGGCUCUUGUAGCUGCGUUCAAAAAUUUGGGUACCCCAGUCAAAUGACACGUUUUGUUUAUUUUCUGAGCAGGAGUAAGUGAACACAUCCUCUAUAGAGAACACACUUAUGUACAUUUUGUGACUGUUUAUUUGCUGAAUUUAACAUACUGGGGGGAAAAAUCUAUGAAAUGUCGCCUUAGCGAAAAUUAUAGCACUUUUUUUAAGUUUUGUUUUUCCCACUUUGUUAGAAAUUGUGCACAACAAUUAGCAGAAAAAUGCAGUAUUUAAGUGUCUUCCCUGUAGAGGAUGUGUUAACGUAUUUUCACUUAGAAAAUCUAUAAAACGUGAUCUGACUGGGGCUGUUUAAACUUUUACAUACAACUUUAAUAGGUCUAAGCUAGAGAUGGCACAACAUGGCACAACUGCAGAUGCAAAAAUUAGAUUAGGUACCCUGCCACUAUAUUUAUAAUGGUGAAAAGCCCCUUAACACAAAAAUUUGCAUAAAUUUAACUGUGCAGAGUUUGUUUUUCUUUUUAAGGGGGGCAUUAUUAUCAGAUUGUGGGUCUUCCAAAACUGCACAUGCUCAGGGGCCCCGAUUGAAACCUUAAAUACUGGUCGAUACGGAUUUGACAUUUCUUCUUUAAAUACAACUAAACUUUGAAAUGUGCUAUUUUUAAAGCUAUACUGGUAAGAUUUAGGGAUUUGGAGACCUCUCUGGUGGAAAUGUGUAAUUGCAUGCAAUGUGCAGAAGAACGUUUUGUAACUAGGGUGCUCCAGACCCCUUCCUGAGAGGAUGAAUCUAAAGAUUGCGAGUGUGUUGAGAGAAUAUUCAGAGAGAACUCAGUCAAAACUUGGAUGUGGAAUUGUCUGCUGUUGUCAUAUCUUCAUCAGUUAAUGUUGGUUUAGCAUUUGAGAUCUAAACAUCGUGUGACAUAAAGAUGGAUGACGUGGUCUGAGAACUCCUGUGAAAUCUGACCCGACACCUCUGACUUUUAGAUCACUGAUUCACUCACCAUAUUUUAGCCUGUUUUUUGCCGGUAAUCUUACAUAGUGUAGCUUUAAUUGAAGCGCAUCUCUUAAGAUAAGCAUCAAAAAGUAGAGAUGUUGAUCCUAUGAUGCUGAAACUACUGUCACUCUUUUAACCCCACAGGAAGAACUACACAGCUAGCAGUGUGAGUGAGUGCUGUUUCAGGAUAGAUUAGUUACAGGAUUGGAUCAGAUUUUUAAUUUUUUUUCCCUCCGAUAUCCCAUCCAGCAUUUUCUGCUGAUAUCAGUUUGAUACCGAUAACCAUCAAUACUGAUAUGCCAUCUCUAGUUUAUACCUUUAAGGGAAAAAGCACAUCGUUUCUUGUCCCUUUUCUUUCAUCUCGUUAUCUCUGUUGGGUCGUACACAUGUGCGUCAUGCAGGUUUCCUUACCUUUCACCAGCUCAUCUGGAGUAUACAAUCCUCUUUAAUACCAUGUAAAGUGGAAAAAAAGAAAGGAAGAGAUGUUUAGUUGGGUUAUUGGCUCAUUUUGUCUUCUGCUUUCCCAUAGAGAGAGCACUGUUCAGGUUUUUGUGGCUUUGAUUCUGAUGGGAUUUUGGCAAUUAUUUUUCUUCUGACAUCUCUAUUGCUUCAUAAUGUUGUCUGUAUGUUUGGGAUCUUGAUUGUUUUAAUUCUGUUGGUUUUGCAUGAUUUUUUUAUUGUGUUACACAUCAAAUAUGUUUAUUAUUUCUUUGCUCUAAUUAAAUCGAAACAGUCCACUGAAGCGGGCUUUUAAUUUUACCUGUUUGCACAAUUGCUAAAUGUAUCACAAAAUAUUGCCAAACUUGCAGGAUGUAGGAGUGUUGAGUUUAUAAAGUGUAACCUGAUUGAUGAGAGCGAUGUAUUGUUGGCGUAAAUAAUGCAUACAUGUUUAUUAGGUAGAGUGUAAUGGGGCAUUACAGUGUAACCUGCCUUUAACAGUCAAAGCUAACCCAGUUACCUCUAUAGCUAUUCAAUUAUAGUAUUUUAUUCUCAAAACAAAUAAGUAUAUGCAUUGCUUUACUGUAUUCUAUUUUAUUUUGCAAAUGUUUUGCUUUUAAUGGUUACUGGUGGUUAUUUUGUCCCAAAAACAUCAACACUGCGCAUGAAAAUGAAAACUGCAGUUGUUAAGCUGUUCGAAUUCAAAGAAAGGCUUGACACAGUGACAUUCGAUCAACUCUGUACGUGCCUUUAAAUCACAGACGUGGACUAGGCAGCCUCAGAGCGUUAACACAAUUGCUCUGAACUUCACAUGGACUCCCUCUACUGGGCUGCUCUAGCACUUUUUACCAGUAUUGCGCAAUAGAUGCGCUGUUGGUCAGGACGCCAUAAUACAAUUCCAUGCCCCCUGCAUUACUCAUGUAAUCUUCUUAGAUAAUCUGGGCUCUGUUUUAAGUGGAAUUCCACAUUUUCCAGAAUUUCUACAUUAUGUGAUCAAUGAAAUGUUAAAAAAGUCAGUCAGAGUGGUUUAAUGUGAAAUAGUUUAUUGUAGAGAAACUUACCAACACAGAUUUCUUUACAGUGGUGGUGAUAGGAACCAGGGGUCGCCAUGACUACAACACAAAUAUAGCCAUUUAUUUACUAUCAAAAACCACCAGUGAACCUACAGGUGCCAUCAGAGUUUUAUAUGUAAAUGCUGAAAAUGUUAAAAUAGUAAUUAAAAGCAGAUUUACAGCGUACUGUGUGUAAUAAAAGCACAAUAAAAGCAUUUAAAUAAGUAAAAAAAACAAAUGGCAUAAGUACAGAAGUCCGGAGGGGCCAUGAGCUGUUGCUAUAAUUUUCUGGAUUGUUAUUUUGAGAUCACAAGAUAGUUAACUCAUUAUUUCAAGAUAACAACUUUUUUGUCUUGAUCACAAGAUAAUUAACUUAUCUCAAGAUCAAGUCAAGAAGCUUUUAUUGUCAUUCCAUCUAUGUACACAGUGGAGUGAAAUUACGUUCCUCCAGGGAAGGAGAACAUUAUAUUGAGAUCACAAGAUUAACAUGAUAACAUUAUCUUGAGAUCAGAAGAUAGUUAACUCAUCUCAAGAUAACAACUUUGUUGUCUUGAGAUUACAAGAUAAUUAACUCUUCAUCUCAAGAUAAAAACUUUGUCUUGAUCACAAGUUAAUCAACUUAUCUCAUAGUAACUUUCUUAUCUUGAUCACAAGAUAAUUAACUUGUUAUCUCAAGAUAACAUUAUGUUGAGAUCACAAGAUAAUUAACUUAGCUCAUAAUAACUAUCUUAAGAUCACAAGACAGUUAACUCUUCAUCUCAAGAUAACAACUUUGUUGUUUUGAGAUUACAAGAUAAUUAACUCGUCAUCUCAAGAUAAAAACUUUGUCUUGAUUACAAGAUAAUCAACUUGUUAUAAUAACUUUCUUAUCUUGAUCACAAGAUAAUUAACUUAUCUCAAGAUAAUAACUUCAUCUUGAUAUCACAAGAUAAUUAACUUAUCUCAAGAUAACAUUAUAUUGAGAUCACAAGAUAAUUAACUUAGCUCAUAAGAACUUUAUCUUGAGAUGACAAGAUGGUUAACGCUUCAUCUCAAGGUAACAACUGUGUUGUCUUGCGAUCACAAGAAAGUUAACUUGUUAUCUCAAGAUAAUUCAGAAAAUUAUAUCUACCUCAUGGCCUCUCCGGACUUCUGUACACAGGCCUUAACUCAGAACUGUCAUAAAACAGUGUGUCAGACAUCAUUCGGCAUUUCUGUGACCACUUUAUAGAUCCAGCUCUCUGAGGGAGCUUUUAGAGGUCUGGUUCCUGGUUCACCACCACUGUGAACUAAUCUGACUUCUCUAGAACAGAGCAUUUCACACCAGACCACUCUGAAUGACUGAUUACAACUUAGCAAUUUAAGUAUGCAGAGGAUUUGCAAAAAUGGUAGAAGUCCCUUUUUAAAAAAGUAUAUGCAAACAUUUUAGCUUGUCAUUGACAAAAUAUACCAUGUGCAAGUUCAUUCUAAUGGGAAUACGAUGUUAAGUCUCUCCUCAUGCACAAUGCUGACAUUUUAUGAUCUUCAAGCAUGGGAAUUUCCAAAAAUACUCCCCCUCUAGACCAGCAGUGGCACUGUGUAUUGAUUUAGAUUGACUUAAAAGCCUUUGAAACUAAAGCUUCUUGUCUAACUUUGGCCCUACAGUGCUUUACUGUGUAAUUGCACUCAUACAUUGAGUCAUGUUGCCCAUUAUUUAUUACUCUCCUCCAGUGAAAAUGCCUUUGCAGUUUUUUUUUUCCGAUGACAUUUUGCUCUGUUCAUUGCACUGAACAUAAAAUGCUUUUAUAAGAAUUUAUUUUCAAAUUUCAGCAUAUUUGCUUUGAAAAACUAUUCUACCUGAAAGCUGUCCACAGGGUUCAGAUGUCAGAUUUAAUUUGGACUGUGUGUGCUUUAUGGAUGUUUUCUGUCAUAACCAGUCCAGAUUUCUGUUUACUUUUUUUGGAUUUGAGUGAGUUCAGUGAGUUGAGAUCAAUGAUUACACAAAUGCUACAAGAUAUAACCAGCAUAUCCCUGUGUAUCACAAGAACAUGUUAACUCGAUGACCUCUUGUAUGUCCACAGAUUAUAGCGUAUGCAUGCUGUGUGGUGGUGUGAAUGCAAAAUGAACUGGUUUUUAUUUUUCCACCCAUGUUUUCUUUUUUUGAACAAGCACUGAAAACUGAUCAUUUCUUUUUAAAAAAAAAAUUUAUAAAAUAUCUGAAAUUGGCGUCUCUAUUGUAGCAGCUCUGAAAGUGCAGAAAGGGCUCUCGAUCAGUUUUUAAAGGUUAUGCAUAGAUUUUAUGGCUCAGUGUUUAUCUGUUGUACCUCCUGCUGUCUGUCCUUCAUCUAAAAACUUUACCUGGUGAUUAAAUCUGAUUUGCACUGUCCAUAUCUGGUGGUAGCAGCUGUUCCAGUGUGGAUGGACUCUGCUUUUCACUGACACACCGACACAGUGUUGUUGAAAUUUCAGGUCUUGGGUCUGAAUUGAAAUGUCUGCUCUGAAAUGUGUUUGUCUAAAAGACGUUUUUUAUGGAUGCACUGAUACGACUUUGGCUGACACAGCGCAAAUAUACUCAAGCAAUCUGGAGUAUUUUAUUAUUACUCUUUAAUUAGUAAAUUAAGGGAGGUACAUAUUUGAAAUACUGCAAACGACUGGGUGAAUAUGAAUCUCUUGUAUACCGUUGUAUGCAAACGUUUGGGUGCCCCCGAUCAAAUUCUAUGUUUUGUUGAUUUUGAAAUGUAAAUAAGUGAACACAUCCUCUACAGAGACACACUUCUGCACAUAUUAAUACACAAUUACUGUUUAUUUGCUGAAUUUAACAUAAAAUACAAAAUUUGCCAGUAUGUUUUUUGUUUUCUCAGUAUUUUAAUCUCAGCAAAUAGACAUUUUUUGCAUUGAAAUGUGCACAAAAUAAGUUUGUUCUCUGUAGAUGGCAUCUUAUUUUUGCAAACUUCACAAAUUAUGUAAUUAGAGGUGGUCAAACUUUUGCGUACGACUGUAUCUGAUACCAGCACAUCUCUCAUGAUCUGUUAUCAGCCUUCAAAACAUGUUUAUCGGUGCAUCCUGAGAAUUUUUUUGUUUUUUGUCCUCUUUCUGUCCCUGUAUGUGGGUUACUGUUCAUCAUAAAUGGUGCCAAAUGCUUUAAAGGCGUGUUCAGUUCAGUGGGUCACUGGCUCCAAAAGUAAUCAGUGCUUUAUUGAAGUAUUUUCAGAUAAAGCCAGUCAGUUUUUAUGAACACAUCUGUGUUUAAAUGACAACCUUAAACUGUUUUGUAAAGUGAAGACACCACCUUAUGGGCAGCAAUGGCAGAGGUAAUUGCAUGAGUAUGAUUUUUAGGGCAUCCAUCUUCUAAAUAGAAAAUUCAGCUAGCCAGUCUUCACUGGACCUAUUAUUUUUUUCUAUUUGUACAUUUAAAAGCUAUAGUCUGUACUCUGACACCUUAUUUAUGUUGAGAUUUGCUCUCUCCCAGACUCAGUAUUCUAGCAAUUUUGUGAAAAAUAAACAUCUAUAUUGGGUUAUUAUUCGCUUUGAGCGCCAAAAACAUGAAAUUAGUGAAACUUGACUCUACACAGCAUUUUAUGAACUGCACUGAGCACCUUUUUAACGUGUGUUUAAGAAAGCAAAUAUUUGUUCAUACUGAAGAUGGAGGCCUUUACAUUACUGAUAACUGUCUCUCUCUCUUUUUGUCUCUCUCCCUCAAUGUCAUUGAACUGUGGGACAGUACAUGUAAGAGACCGUCACUGAAUUUGGUGCUGCGUUUAUGCCAGACCUUUAAAUACGUGUUGCAGCAGUGUGACUGAAAUAGCCAUAUUAGUGUAAAACAGCUCCUCAACACAUAUCAGACUGUGUGAGUCAGCCGAAGGCCAUAUAAAUGUAUGCUGUCUUUUUUUGCUUUUACCAAUAAAACCAUGCAAUAAAUGACUUUCUAAUGACA